AUGCCUUCAUCCAGCCAUCUCUCCACUCAAUCAAACGUCUGGAAACGUCUCCCAAUGACUCGGCAAACCCGCGAAAUGGGCUCGCUAUCCACCCUCCUUUUAUCAUGUCUUCAACGGAAACAGAGACCGACGCCAGAAGCUGCAGACGAGCGUCCGCCUGUUCCUGCGAAAGAGCCGCUCUCUACGUCUAGUAUUUCGAACUCCUACUCGAAAUCCCCCGCUCCGCCUACAUACGCAUAUACCUAUACCUGUCGACAAAGUGAGCAAUGUCCGUCUAUUACAGCUUCAUCACAGUCUGGGACUGAGAGUGUGAAGAUAAGCAACACCGGGACGGGCAUACCCACCAAACUCAGCAAGAGAUCAUCGAUUCGGAUAGUGAAUAACCAUGAUUCCGAGAGCACUCUGGUCUCGUCAUCCUCGUCUACCUCUGAAGGACAGACGCUCGCCGGGUCGAGAAACGUGUCUCGGUCCGGGAGCGAGGAGAAAGACGUCGAGGCCGGAGAAGAGAUCGAGGGCGAAAGAACAGUGUCUGCGAUUAUCGAAGCAGGACUCGAAGACCUGGAGAGGCAGAUCAAGUCUGAUUCCGAGAGAACUGGAUCCCAAGGGAUCGUACGGAGUUGCUCGCUCCCGGAGAUCAAGAGUCGAGUGAUUGAGGAUAUUCCGGAGGAGGAUGAGAUACUAUCCGGGAACGGGGCGGCGACAGAGCAACAGCAACAGCAUCAGGAGAAGGAAUUACCAUCUCUACCAAAAGAAGCCCACACGGUAGACCAAGAAAAGGUCGCAAAGGAGACAGACGAAGAAGAGGAAAAAGAGCUCUCCACGAAGUCCAAAUCCUUCCGCGACAGCUUCCGUCUCAGCGGCCGCAAAUCCCUGAUCGAGAUGGUGCAUUUCCUACAACCACCAACCAACCGCUUCAGUGGCCUGAAGAUCCCGAUUCCGCCGAAAUCACCACUCCGCAAAAAGGCCUCCACCAGCUCGAUGCCCUGCCCUGCGGAUCUCCUCCGCUCUACCACCUCUGCCGCCACCACCACCACCUCACCGUUGGAAUCAUCACCGUCGACAUCACCGUUGAAGCCCGAACCUUUGUCAACCCCAGCCCCAAAAGAAGAAAAAACCACGCCCCGCACCAAAAAGCACCGACGCAUGGGUGCCGUGGGGAUGGGCAAUGGGAUCCCGCUCCGGGUACGUCAAUCGCUCGACGGACUCAACAUCAACAACACAGGUAAGAAGUCUCUUUUUUGCUAA